AUGAAUAUGCUAUCGAAUGAGUACGCUUUGAGUGUUCAACAGUUAUUUUGCUUGCUAGUUGGUUUGGGUUUUGCUUGGUGCUCUCUAAAUGGAGGCAGGUGUGAAAUGGCGGCUGGUAAAAUAGCACAAGACCUGUGCCAGUGUAGAUUAGGAUUAAAGUCCAUAGAGCCAAUAAUUAACCCAAUGACACCAAAGGAUGCGGUCGAAAAGGUGCGAGAGAUAAUGCGGCUAGAUUUAAGUGACACAGAUACUGGUGGUAUCGAUGAUGUUCCAGUUGAAUACGAAUGCAGUGGCAGGGAAAAGGUAUCAACCUGCCCGAUCGUAUAUUAUACUGGUAAGAGAGAACCGCAUGUAAUCCCCAAAGGACCCACAGACAGCUCUUCAAAUACUAUUGCAAGUGAAAUGCAAGAAGUAAAUGACACACCCGCAUCGACAAAGCACCCUCAAAAGAUACCGGUGAGGUCAGCACAAGAAAUAAGAAACAGCACAGGCAAAUGUGUAGACGAUGGUCUGGAGAGAACAAAUAUUAGUCCUAUGUCAGAAUGGCCGAUGCCAGUGGAUGAGCAAGUGUAUCUCUAUGACCUUCUCUUGCACAAAGACAACACUUUAACCAACGCCGAGAAAGUCGCCGAACUCCAGAAGUGCUUCCUGGUGUGCUCAAGCCAAUCUGCUGUGGGAAAGUUUGAACUAACCGCUCGCCAAUCAUUCUGUCUUUAUGACAUCCACGUAAAUAGUCGCUGGACCGACCAAGAUCUGACAAAUCUACUGACAACCUUAACCAAGUUCAGCAAAAUUGAACUUGAUGUGCUGAUUUGCUUAAGGCUUUGUAAGACCCCAUUCGCUCUCCAGAUAUUGGCCCAACUCCUAGCGACAAUUACCCAACCAGCAUCUUGUCUCGUCCCAUUUAUUCCCAUCUGCCUAUCUUCAAGUACUUCAACAAGAGAGGCGAGCACUCUAUCACCCGAAGAAGAGGAUCUACAAAUGCAGUUCCUCCAGAAACUUAAGAAAGUCGAUAAAUCACGAUAUGCGCUAGACUUAAAGAUCUUAAAUCUCACCCGCCCUUUUCUGAGACUCUUCUGGCCAGUGCUAACCCAAUUCAGAAUAUACUCCUUAGCCUUAGAUAAACCCUACAUUACAGAGUUAGACUUCUUCGACCAAAUUAACUGGGAAGAUACCUACAGGACUGAGAUACAAGUCGAGGAGCCUAAUACUAUCAUCGCCUUCCAAGUCCCGCGCAGUUACCAUGUAGACAGAAGAACGCCAGUAUGCACUUAUCUAUACAUCGGCACAAGCAAAGACUAUCACCAAGCUCUAGAUAGCCCCACCAAUAUUAUCCUUAAUCUUAGAGGAUAUUUCCAACCAAACGGCUUGGGCAAGACUCCAUGGGAGCAUAACAAACUAUCUUUGUCCUUUGACCUUCUACUCUCUUAUGUCACCUUCGGCCUUGCCAGGACAGAGCACACCAAUGUGCUCAGAAUAACGAACGUCCCUCUUGGCUUUACCUAUAAACAUGCCGAGGCCAUGCAGAAACGCCUGGUUGAACAGCAUCCAAAACGGCCACAUUAUAACACAUCGGUUGAUUCUACUAGCACAGAACAGACUAGUCACUAUCUUAAAUUCAAUCAUAUAAAUAUCAUCCAAGCCAAUGACCAAAACAGUUCCGUCCUAACCUCAGGCGAAAAGAGUAUGUUACUGGCCAGCUUCCCGAGAAUAACAUAUGACGAGCAAUACUAUGUAUGUGGUGUGGAGAACCCCGAAAUCAAGAACAACACGUCACUACUGACAAGAAACGACAGCAAGUGCACUGUAGUCUGA